AAAUAAGCUCUGAAAAUCGAAUCAUAAUAAACAAAAUUCCAUCAAACUUUAAUCAACAAACAACAACAAAAUAAUCCCAUUCAUCUUUCUCGGUACAAAGACAAACCAUGUCCACAAUUGGCAAGACGCGUUCCGGCUCUACCGAAUUAAGACGUCAAAAAAUCGAUUUCUCUUGUGGCAGCUGUCCCGAUAGAACUACCCAAAGAAGAAAAUCCGAAGCCAACUAUGACUCGGAAUCAACUGAAGUACUCUCAUCCACAGACGAAGAAGAACGCUGGAAAGAUGCUGCCCGUACCGCUGAGAUACCAGCUGAAUAUUGGCAUAUUCAAAAGCUCGUCAAAUACAUUAAGGGUGGCAAUCAAACGGCAACAAUUGUUUCACUAUGCUGCCUCAAGGACUAUGACUUGCAAGUGCAAAUUCAUCAAUUUGCAAUUCAAGAUAUCGGUGGCAUUGAAGUGCUGGUGAAUUUGCUCGAGUGCAACGAUAUGAAGUGUCGGCUGGGGUCCUUGAUGAUACUGGCAGAGAUUUCAUCAAAUAUUGAUAUAAGAAAGACCAUAGUUGAUUUGGGCGGAGUGCCAUUGAUAGUUGACAUAUUGAAUAGUUCGGCAAAGGAUUUGAAAACAAUGGCAGGUGAGACGCUGGCUAAUAUUUCCAAGGUACGAUUGGCUAGGAAGUAUGUUAGACAGAGUGGGGGUAUACCGAAGUUGGUUGAUUUGAUGGAUGUUAAGUUGGCUGUCCUUAAAACACCAAUGGAAGAACUAAGUUUGGAUGAGAAGGAAAGUGUGAAUAUGGCAAGUGCUGGGGCCAAAGCUUUGUGGUCCCUCUCCGACUCGAAGCACAAUAUCGAAGUGAUGAGAAAAACCGGAAUAGUUCCUUUGAUGGCAAGACUUUUGAAAUCUAUUCACAUUGAAGUUGUCAUUCCAAUUAUGGGCACGAUUCAGAAAUGCUCCUCACAGGCUAAGUUCCAACUGGCUAUUACAACCGAAGGAAUGAUUGCUGACAUUGUGGCACAUUUACAUUCCACUAACCUCGACUUAAAGAUGCAAUGUAGCAUUGCCUUAUACCGAUGUGCCAAGGACCCCACAACAAGAGACCUCGUCCGUGAAGCUGGUGGUCUUGAGCCCUUGGUUAUGAUCAUAAAGGACAAAGCGAACCGAGAUAACAAACCUCUUUUGUCAGGAGCUACUGGAGCCAUAUGGAAAUGUGCUGCAACUGAUGCAAAUGUUCACAAACUAGACUCUUUGAGGACUAUUAAUGUCCUUGCUCAGUUGCUGAAUGACGAAUCGGAUGAAGUUUUGACCAAUGUCGUUGGUGGAAUUGCUGAAUGUGUUCGGUUUAAAAGUAACCGAAAUGCCCUUCGAGUUGCUGGUGGUCUUCCAAGUUUGGUGGCACUAUUGAAUUCUUCACAUGCUCCUUUAUUGGAGAAUUUGGCUAAGGCUUUAAAGGAAUGUGCUGAAGAUAGAGAGUGUAUGCAAAUUUUGGAGGAGCUUGAUGCUGUUCGAUUGAUAUGGUCUUUGCUCAAGAAUACUGAUAGUCGAGUUCAGGCUUAUGCUGCUUAUGCUAUAUGUCCUUGUGUUGAAAAUGCUUCGAAUUCUGGAGAAUUAGUACGAAGUUUGGUGGGAGCUAUGGAAUUGGUUGUGGGACUUCUAGGUUCAAAGGAUAUUUUGGUUUUAUCAGCAGUUUGUGCUGCUAUUGCAACAAUUGCAAAGGAUACUACUAAUUUGGCAAUUUUAACUGAUUUGAAAGUUAUUUGUAAGCUUGCUGAAUUAGUCAACACUUCUGAUGACCUUUUGAGGGAAAAUCUAGCAGCAGCUAUUGCAAAUUGUGCUGGUUAUGGAAAUAAUACUCAAGAACUUGGUCGAAUGCGAGCUGUUACGCCAAUUGUUGGUUACAUGAUUAGUAACAAUCCGAAAGUACAUCGAACUUGUGCAAUGGCUUUGGAGAAACUUUCUGCUGAUCCAAGAAAUUGUAUUACAAUGCAUCAGAGUGGAGUUGUACCAUUUUUGUUGGAAACACUUUCUUCAACUGAUACUGAUUUACAACUUGCAUCGGCUGGAUGUCUUCGAAAUAUUCGUGAACUGGCAUUAAGGGCAGAGGAAUGUAAACUGAAAAUUCAAGAUUAAUUGAUGGGAUAGCUUUUGAAUAUACCAUAAAUGCAAUUUAUAAUAAUUUAUAUUUAUUUGUAUUGAACUUAAUCUUAAUAAAACAAAAAAUGAAUAUUGAA